CGUUCGUUUCGUAGUAGUAGGAUAUAUUAUCAAUCGUAAUUUUAUUUUAUUUAUUCCUUACCGUGUAUCGAGCGUAAAACAUUGGUCAAAAUUUCUCUCUCUCUAGUUUUCGGAGAGGUGUUAUUAAAUUAUAAUGAUAAUAUGUUGUGUUUAUUUAAAUCUCGGUGUAUACGUGGAAUUUUGGGUUGCUUUCCCUUUUUAUUUGUGUAAUUGCGACCGCCGAGCACCGCCACGCUCCCUUGCUUUCGCGCCAACCCCGCCGCCGCCGAUGGACGCCGUCGCGUUCCCGCCGCCGCCCGCCCCCUUCCUCGACGACGACCUCGAUUUCGGCGACUUCGCCUUCGCUGAGCCCCACCCGCCGCGGCCGGCCUUUGACGACGACUGGGGCGACUUCGUCGCGACGAGCGCCCUCGAUUCCGACCCGGACGGGCCGACGACGACGACGGCCACGGCCAAGCCCUCCACCUGGGAGAAGCCGCGGGGCCCGCUCCCCCUCUCCUUGUUCGGCGCCGGCGACGACGACGACGACGACGAGGAGGAGGAGGUGGUGGUGGCAAACGAGGGGCCGGCCGAGCCGCCAACGGCGGCGGCGGCGGCUCACCAGCGGGAGCCCCGCGCCAUCUCCAAUGGAUCGAGCCCCGCGGAUCUGAAGGACCUCAUCGCCGGCCUCUAUGGAUCCCAGCCGCUCUCUUCCCCCGGCGCAGCAGAGGCGGGCGCACAGGAGAUGGUGGCGGUGGAUGACGACGGAUUCGGGGAUGAUGGCUGGGAAUUCAAGGCCGCUCCUUCGUCAGACGGUGCAGAGAUUGGAAGCAGACAAGCGCAUGGGGAUGGAGUUGAGGAUGUACGCAAGUCAAUGGGUAGUGACCAGGAAGACUGGUCAUUGUUUACUAGUGUCGAUGAAAAUUUGAAUCAUGUUCAAACUACAAAUCACAUUGAAACUCAUGAGGCCACAGAACAAAGUGUGAAGGUCUUUAGUUGGUCUUCACCUAAUAAUGCAGCCAUACUUGAUCUGUACAAAGAAACUAAGCUGGUUGAUGUUGUCCACAUGACACAAAAUUCUUCAGAAAGUGUGCAGGACUAUUCUGAUAUGUUCUCAAACAAUGAAAUGAACUCUUCAUGUGAAACAGAUGAAAAUCAUUCAAUUAAAUCUACAAGCAAUUGGACUUUGAUUGAUUUCUACCGUAAGCUGAGGGAGGAAUCCUUGACAGUAAUAUUCCAGUAUAGGAAGAGUUUUAAGGAAAUCUGUGAGAAACUACAAGAUUCUUCACGUCCUGAAGGCUUUUAUGUAGAGGAACAUACUGCAAAGGAUGCAUGCAUUUCUGAACUGCUUGAUCAUGCCAAAGAAGUUUAUUUGAAGGAUUUUGAGGAAGAAUAUCAUUUAACAGAAAGAAUAGCAAUGGCACUGGAAGACAUGAGUUCAGCCGUUGAACUCUACAAGCACAGGAUGUCAAUAUUAUAUACCUUGGAACAAUCAUCGAAAGAGGAGCAAUGUGAUUACAUCCAUACUUGGUACAGUAUGCUUAUGUUCUGUGCUCAAGAAUUGCAACACGGUGUGGUGCUUUGGCAAGAAUCUUGUGAAUCAAAUGUCUGUGACGUAGUAAUUUCACAAGGUGGCCGUUUCUUUAUUGCUCUUGGGGAGAUUUAUAGAGUUGCACAGAUCUUAAAUUUAUCUUUGCAGUCCUUCAAGCCUUGGGUUCUUGCUACUCCUGGAAUGUUGAGUAAAAUGAUGGUUUGUUGGGACGGCUGCAUGAAUGCAUGGACUAAUUGUCUAGGAACGGCUCUCAGAAUGGUUGUUGACAGCAAUAACUUAGAUGCACCUGUUGCUAAAGUUGUUCUUGAAUCUAUCAUUAAUAUUAACAAAAUUGAAGUGGCCAGUCUUCGAUUCCUUCCCAACAGCAAGAUGACAUGUAGGCUUACCCUCCUGCCGACUAAUCUGGUACCAGGAAUGGAAGUGAUCAUUUGGGAUGGUGAUCACUAUUUUGUUAAAGUCGCAAAUCUGUGGGCUAACCGGAUAUCUUCUGACCCUCCCCAGUUUUCCGUCAUUCGUACCACUUGUUAAUUAAAUAAGUGACGCAAUCAACAAUUGUCCCUCUUGUUAAUUAACCUGUCAAUGUCUCGGGUUGCCAUUCUUAAGAGGAAACUUGAAAGUUUGUUCUGAUAGAAGUUUCAGAAGACAUCGGGUAAGACUUAUUCACCAAGUUCUCCUGCACAACUGUUUCUGGAAGGUCAGAUCCGUUGUGAUUAGUAUUGGUCGAUGAUCAUUCUUUUGUACUAGUACUUUUCAUCAUUUUUUUCCGUGGUUCUUGGCAAAUGUCAAGAGCACGAGUAUAGUGAGCCAAAAUGUUUUUUCUGCCCUAUUUUAACUGUCACUGUGUAUAGCAUUCUGUUUAGACUGCAGUCCAGUACAGCACAUGUGUAAAACCUGCAAGAUCCGAUUGGUGAAUAGUAUAUAGCCUUGUACUAGUUGGGCAACUUCAGUCAAAGGUUUAUAUAUAGACGAGAGAGAUGAUGCUGUCUUCAGCAGAUUUUACCGUUACAUGUUCAUCCAUGUCAGGUGUUCUUGUUUUCUCGAAUGGAAUUGCCCUUUUAGCAAUUGCCGUGGAGCAUGUAAUUGCCUUGAGUCGACUAGU